AUGGCUUUCUGGUCCAGCCCAACAGUCCAUCCAUAUAAAGUAUCUCAGCGGCUGCUCUUUGCCUUCACUCUGUCUCUCUCACUCACCUAUGUCUGCUACACUUUGAUGAGUUGCUACACCUCCAUUCAAUUUCCCUUGCACGACACCAGCUACCUGUACCAAUCCCGGCCCCUGGUGACUGAACAGAAGCAAGACAGAGUUGGCGAGCGCCCGACAACUCCAAGGGAUUGGCUCAGCCCGAGUCCCAGGGUGGAGACGGCCAGCUCUGACCGAGUCUCGGGGGAGGUGGCGGGGACAACGAGCGACUGGAGGAACAGCCCGGUCGAGGUCUACACGGUGCAAAGCUGGCUUGAGAAGGAAGCCCAAGAAUCCAGCACCACGGACGAGGAACUGAGCCGGAGUAACAGCACCCCGGACUUCGGGCUCCAGCGACUGCCCCAGGCUAUCAUCAUCGGAGUGAAGAAGGGAGGCACCCGGGCACUGCUGGAGGCUAUCCGGGUGCAUCCGGACGUCAGGGCCGUCGGGGUGGAGCCUCACUUCUUCGAUAGGCACUAUGAGAAGGGGUUGGAAUGGUACAGAAACUUGAUGCCCAAGACCUUGGAUGGUCAAAUCACCAUGGAGAAAACACCCAGUUACUUUGUUACCAGAGAGGUACCAAAGCGAAUCUUCUCAAUGGCAAAGGACACUAAACUCAUCGUAGUGGUCAGGAACCCAGUGACCAGAGCCAUUUCAGACUAUACCCAGACAUUGUCCAAAAAACCUGAGAUUCCAACCUUUGAAGUUCUGGCCUUCAAGAACAGGACCCUGGGCCUGAUCGAUGCUUCUUGGAGUGCUAUCCGCAUUGGAAUCUAUGCCUUGCAUCUGGAAAACUGGCUCCAAUUUUUUCCCCUCUCCCAAAUCCAUUUUGUCAGCGGGGAGAGGCUCAUCAUUGAUCCAGCUGGAGAAAUGGGCAAAGUGCAGGACUUCUUGGGCCUCAAGAGGAUCGUCACGGACAAACACUUUUACUUCAACAAAACCAAGGGGUUUCCUUGCCUGAAGAAACCAGAGGAUAGCAGCAUGCCGAGGUGCCUUGGCAAAUCUAAGGGGAGAACUCAUCCAAAAAUAGAUCCCGACGUAAUCCACAGACUACGGAAGUUUUAUCGGCCUUUCAAUGUCAUGUUCCAUCAGAUUACAGGAGAAGACUUUGAUUGGGAAAAGGAUGAAAAUCAAGAAAUUAGUUGAGGACAUCAUCAGACUAAAGUUAAACGGAAGAGGGAAGAGAAAUUGGUUUCUUGUUGAAAAAAUAUAUAAAAAU